UUGAACGCAGUGCUGGGUGUCCAGGGGGAGUAGGAAACCUAGGAUUUAACUCAUUCAAUUUUAUGACUUUCAUCUUGCUCACACUCAAUGCUGUUGCCAACACCAACAACAACAUAAACAACAACAAUAACAACAACAACAACAUCAACUACAACACAAUCAGUCAGGACUCGAAUAAUGUGAUUUCUAACAGUGAAAACAUGAACAUGGUGACCGCAGUUAUUCUUCCAAUUCCGGGCAAACGGUCAUUGGAACUCAUGAAAAGAUUUAAAAGAUCAGGGAAAUCUAAGAGUUUCCAAGAAUCAAAAGAAUUCUCAGAAAAGCGCGGAUUUACAAAUUCCAAAGGAAAUACAGAACCUAAAGGAAAUACAGAACCCAAAGGAAAUACAGAACCAAAUGGAAAUACAGAACCUAAAGGAAAUACAGAACCAAAAGGAGAUACAGAAUCUAAAGGAAAUACAGAGUCAAAUGAAAAUUCAACAUCUAAGGGACUCACAAAGCCCAAAGGAUCCGCAGAAUCCAAAGAAUUGACAAAAUCUAAAGGCAUAACAAGGAUUGAAGGGACUGAGAAUGAAAAUGAAAAGAAUGGAGAAGAGCUUGAUAAAGAAAAUAAUACGAAAACGAUUGAACAAGAAUGGAGAAAUCAUCUCUUUACUGGGAGCGGGAGCCCUAAGAGUAAUAGGUCCAAAAUAUCGAGUUCAGUUUCCUCUCCCUUUAUACAGAAGAUUUCAAUCACAGAAGAAAAUACUUUGCAGGGAAUGAUGAGUGUUGAGUUACUACGACUAGUUGACUGGGUGGGAACAGGGACCAAAUUUAAUGAAUUUGAGCUACGUCGCUAA